AUGGUGGGCAUGAGUUUGUUGCGACGGGUUUCGGUUACUGCAGUGGCAGCGCUUUCUGGCCGCCCCCUUGGCACUCGACUAGGAUUUGGGGGCUUCCUCACUCGUGGCUUUCCGAAGGCUGUUGGUGAAGCUGAACUAGCAGAAAUUCCAGAAGGCUAUAUCCCAGAACACUGGGAAUAUUAUAAGCAUCCCAUAUCGAGAUGGAUUGCCCGUAAUUUCUAUGACAGUCCUGAAAAGGUUUAUGAAAGAUCAAUGGCUGUCCUUCAGAUUGAAGCUGAAAAGGCUGAAUUACGGUUAAAGGAGCUGGAAGCACGAAGAUUGAUGCGUAUGAGAGGAGAUAGACCCUGGUAUUACUAUGAGACAAUUGAUAAGGAACUUACUGAUCAUUCUCCAAAAGCAACUCCUGACAAUUAA